AUGGCUGAUUUCUUCCAUAUUCUCCGAAGAAGUGUCUCGUUAAUAGUAUUUAAAAGCGAUCCAGAAGACUUCGAAGAAAUACACGUUCAGCAAAAGGUUCGAAGCUCUGUUAACGAAAGAAAACGACGUCAUUCUGUAAAUGCAGAAUUAUGUUCAAUUACAACACGAAGUUUUCAACGUGAGGGUCUUUAUGAGAAAAAGCGGAAUGGAACGUGCUGCUGCUCGUCACCCUCUGUUCAUCGCGCGGCACCAAUUUGCCGGAUAUUGAGAAAACGCGGGAAAUCUCAUGCAUGUCUUGUUUAA